AUGGACAAGGACGAAUAUAACAAUGAUGACACUCAGCUGGCCCAGAUGGGCCAUAAGUCUGAAUUGAAGCGGAACUUCUCUCUAAUGUACGUGCCAUGGACAAAUUGGUGUCAAGAGGGGCUGUUCACUAACCGUUGGAUCUUUUUCUCAUCAUGGACCGCUCUGUCGGCGAGUUUGUCCCUUAGCUUGCCGUCCGGAGGUAGUGCUAGUGUUGUCUGGGGUCUUGUUACCGCUGGUAUCUGCAAUUUAUGCAUGGCCACGUCGUUAUCUGAAUUUCUCUCCGCAUAUCCCACCGCCGGUGGUCAAUACCACUGGGUGGCGGUGACUUCCUGGAGAAGUUGGAUGCCAAUUCUGUCUUGGAUCACCGGCUGGAUCAACUGCUCCGGCUGGGUUGCGCUGGUCGCAACUGGUGGUCUCCUGGGAAGUGAGCUUAUUUUAGGUGUUAUCUCGUUGAUGAACCCAGCGUACGAGCCUCAGCGCUGGCAUCAAUUUUUGAUCUACCUUGCCUAUAAUAUUGUUGCUUUUAUUAUCAACGCCUUGAUGAACAAAAUUCUGCCACAUGUCACCAAGGGUGCCUUCAUUUGGUCCCUGACAGGUUUUGCUGUCAUUUGCAUCACCAUCCUAUCAUGUGCCUCGCCAACCUAUAACUCUGCUGAAUUUGUGUUCACCGAUUUCAUCAAUACGACAGGAUGGCCUGAUGGAGUUGCCUGGUUGCUCGGAGUAUGUCGCUUGCUACCGGCGUUUGUAAACAAUGCUAACAAACCCACAGCUUUUGCAAGGAGGCCUUGGUGUGACCGGUUUCGAUGGCAAAUCCCUAACCCCUCAAUCGAAGGACCUAAGAUCAUGAUCGCCUGUGUUGGCAUUGGCACCGUUACCGGUGUGAUUUUCCUUGUCUGCUUGCUCUUCGUUGCUGGUGAUAUCAACAAAAUCAUUGAAUCGGCUGCGACCCCUCUCCUUGCCAUCUUGAAGAAUGCCACCCAGAGCAACGCUGGUGCCAUCUGCUUGUUGAUCUUCCCCCUUGUUUGUACCCUGUUCGCUGCAACGGCUAUCAUGACCACUAGCAGUCGUAUGAUCUAUGCGUUCGCACGUGAUGGUGGCCUUCCUGCCUCUCCAUUCUUCUCCCGCGUUCACCCUAAACUGAAUGUUCCCCUCAACUCGCUUUACCUGAAUUUGGCUCUUGUGACCAUCUUCGGUUGUAUCUUCCUGGGCUCAUCCAGUGCUUUCAACGCUAUUGUGUCAGCAUCAGUGGUGCUGCUUGAUAUCUCCUAUGCGAUGCCCAUUGCGGUCAACUGUCUUCGGGGGAGAAAGAUGCUCCCCGAGCGCUCUUUCGCUCUGGCGCCAUGGUUUGGCUGGACCAUCAACAUAAUCUCGGUGUCUUAUAUUUCUCUGACCACCAUUCUUUUCCUGUUCCCCCCCUCUAUACCCGCCACUGGAAGCAGUAUGAACUACUGUGUUGCAGCAUUUGGAAUCGUCUUCAUCAUUUCCACCAUCCAAUGGUUCGUGGACGGACGUAAGAACUUUGUCGGUCCUCGCAUCGAGGUUGAAGUCUUCACUGGAGAAGCUGGUCCCCAACCAGAGCAACCUAUACCCGUUGUUGAACAGCGCAAGCAAUAG